AUGUCGGCAGUCGCCCAACAAACCUGUAAUCACUUCUCUGGUGAGCUACGCCAGGUAGCCGCCGCCGCCGCUGCGGUGGCGUCGCGUUCGUCGCCACUACCAGUGAAUCUAUCUGAGGUUAAGAAUGUGUGUCCCUUCGUGGCUAGAACCAAGGGGAUGCCCGACAAGAGCGCGGUUGAGACUUUUGCCGGUCUCUGCCCAGUGAUGUCGGUGGUUGAGAAACCUGUCCUCAUACAUAACGAUCUUGAUGAGGGUGUUGUGAAGAAGUCUCUGGUGACGAGAGUGGCCGAUAAGAUGUACGAGACUAAGUUUGAGUACAACAUUGAGAAGCUGAAGCGAGAAGGGAGGUAUCGUUACUUUGCUAAUCUACAGAGACAUGUUGGCACUUUCCCCAAGGCGACAUUCCGUGGUCAGAACGACGAGGCGGGCGUUCCUAGAGAGGUCAUGGUCUUCUGUUCGAACGACUAUCUUGGUAUGGGUCAGAACNNNNAUCAUCAGCAUCAUAUUGUUUAG